UAACAUGUUUUGGUCCCAGUUUCCCAUCCUCCUCCAUGCUUUUUACGUGCGGGGUAUGAUUUUAAGCAAGAAAAAUUAGACUGAAACCACGAAAAAAAAAGGUUUUUAUAAACAGGUUAAGUGUUGAAGGUGGGUUUUUUUCCAUAUUUUUACUGCACUGCUUAACUGAGAAAUUUUUUUACCUUUAAGAGAUAUUUUUUUAUCCUUAAGCGGCCAAUAUGAUGCCAAAAUGGCGACCUACCGGCAAAUUUAAUAUUUCGGCAUGUAUUGCAUAAGUGUGAUGCCUUUGCCGUGGAAGACUGUUAAGAAUUGAUCGUGAUUCAAAGAGGAUAAUCUUAGGUACAUAAAUUGUUCUAGUGAAAUCAUCACCCAGGCUAGAUUGACGCAGACUGAAGCGGUGAGGCAGCACGCAGUUGUGUCAACACGUGGUAAUCCAUGUGCGUUUGACUGAAAUAUUUGAUUGUAGUUCAGAGUAGCCUUCUGUUGAUUUUUUAUUUACCAGAGUGCAUAACUACAUUAUUUUGACAAGGCGUGGUGGGACGUUAUACGUUUUGUUUAUGCAUGCCCUUCUCAAACUUGUUUAAUAUGUGUGCUUUGCAGAGGGGUAGAGAUAUUUUAAAACUGUCAACGAACUCAACCAAAUUGACUUCAUAGCACUGUAAGAUUUCUGCACAGCACCAAGCUUAGUAAAAUUUCCGCACAGCCUGAUACUACAUUAUACAUUCAGUUCUUGGAUAGAGAAAACAAUGACAAAAACCAUACAUUGCCAUUGGGAAAACAAAUAUGUUUUUACAAUAGUAUGAGGCUGUGUGGAAAUUUACCUUAAGCUUUACUAUGUUUGCAGUUCUUGAAUAAGGGAACAAUUUGUGAAAAAAAUGAUGAAAACUGUAAAUUGCCUUAGGGACUAUGGCUUUACUUUGCAACAGUAUGGGCUGUGAGGAAAUCUUACACACAACUUUCUGCAGGAAGCAGCUUUGGAUUCAGAAAGGAUUCUUUUUCAUGGGGAAACAUCAACUAGAAAUUAGCUGUCUUAUAAGCAAUAUAUGAAAAAUAACAUCCAAGACUGUCAUGAACAAUUGACUUCAAAAAUCCCUGCAAGAAGCAACUUUAUAUUCAGAGAGGAUUUCUUUUUUUCAUAAUGAAACAUUAACUACCUGCACCAUCUCAUGUUGGAUAUAAUCACAUCCAGUAUUAAUGGGUAGCCAUAUGUGACCUUUGUUCAUUUAAAAUUAGGUAGAUAGUCAUGCAAUAGUUAGCUAAUAGAGAUUUUUAGAUUCCCUUAGUAGCCCACAUGAAGUGUCAAGGCUUUGUCAACAACCAACCAACUAUUUAAUUAUUUGUUUAUCAAUUGAUAUAUAUUUGGGAAGCAGGGUUUUUCUCCAAGUCCUCCAGUUUUUCUACCUCCACAGAAACCAAUAUUCCAAAUUCCAAAGCGACCUAGAAACAGUGACAGGAAGAGUCACCUCAUGGAUUGUUCACUGCUAAAUAAUUAUUAUUGUCAUUAUUAACGAUGAAAAUUUAAAUUAUAAUUUAAGUACUUUUGAUAGUUAUUAUGGUGACAAAUUGUUUUUUGUUUUUAGACCAGAGAUCAACCAAAGGGGUGUGAAAUUCCAAAAUGUCUGCUUCGCUGAGGAGAGCCAGCAUGCUGCUGUUAACGAGAAUGAGGAAUCAUCCAUCAAAUCACAGUUUGAGAACCACUUAUUCUGUAACCAAAAGGUAAGACACCAGCCCAGCACUGUUCUUUAAUUUUAGUUGGCUUAUGAUAGGGUUACAGAAAUUCAUUUCUGUGCACUGUAAAUAUAUUUCUUUACUCGCUAAUUGAAAUGCUUGAGGCAAAAUCACCCUUGCAAUUUUUUUUGGUCAUUUAUAAAUUGUUUUAUAUUUAAGGAAUGUUUGUAUGUGGCACUUUUGUUGUUGCGACCUUUCCUCUCCAGUUUUCCCUUUGUUUUCAGAAAAGAACCUACAAUCAUGGACGAAACUGUUAAGACAGUUAAACAAAUUUCAUGUCAAUUUGCAACUGUCUCUAUUGAGAAAAGACAUUCUCCUCCUCUUCCCCCAUCAAUCAGUGUUGUAUUAUAUGUUGGUUACAUGUUUUGCAAUCAAUUUUCUCUAUUAUUUCAAGUAACAUUGAAUUGGGAGAGGGGUAAAUGUGCUUUUCGAGAGGGAAAUAUUAUUGAUAUUUCUUGUAGGAGUGAAAUCUAGAUUUGUGGCAACAGGUUUUGUCUAAGAUGAUACUGUACAGGUGUUUUCAGUACUGUAGGUAUGCAAAACUGUCCACCUCCUAAGGGUUGGAUUUGUUUAGGCUUUUGAGAUUCUUCAAAUGCACUGAAAGCUAAGCAAGCCUUUGGUUUUGUUAAAAGUGAAACUGCAGGAACAGUGCUUGACUGAUGACUACCAGUACCUGCCAAAUGUUUACCACUUGUUGCAAAAUUUCCAAUGAGACUUUGUGCAAAUAAAUGUCCUUGAAUAAACAAAUGUGUUUUAUUCCCCAGGUCUCCCAGUCCAGUCAGUUACCAGCUACCAAGAGCACUGUCAGUAUUGCAUCCUCAAGUACAGGUACUUAUUUUAUGGAUGAGUUCAAUAAAACAAUGCCCUGUUUCACCAAAUAUUGUCCUGAAAAUUGUGAAACUGACUGAAUAAAUUCUACUUUUUAUCUGCUUUGGAACUUUUUGUGGUUGUGUUACCAAGAAAAAUGAAAAAAUAUAUAGAUUUAGCCAAGCCUAAAAGCGGAGCUCACAUUUUUAUUUUUUCCCCACACAACUUGUCCUGGCCAGGACUGGACUACUGAACAAAGCCGAGGCGUUGGCGUGCCUGCGGUACAGUUGACCACGCAUAUCAAAAGUAGCACCUUGUACGGUCGUACAACCAAAUUUUUUGGCUUGAUGGGUUACUACUAUUUUGUAUAAUUAUGGGGCUACACUCUGCGAGCUCCUCUAUAAAGUAUUUCAAGAAGAUUUGAAGUUCUGAUCUUCUUGUCCAGGCAUUCUGCCACUGGAUUACAGGGAACUUUUUUGUAAGCUAGGCUAUUUACAAGAUUCACAUGUAACAGAUGUCCUGCAAACUACCAUAACAUGAACAUUGUCAGGAGCACCAUGUUGAUUUUUAAUAAAAUAAAAAGAGAUGAUGAAUUUUAAAAUCACUUGUCAGAGGAACUCAGAUACUUUUUGUUUCCCACUCUCAUGGCAACUUUCAGCUUUCUUCAAUGGAAUAUUUUGGUCAUUUUGAUAAAUGUGGUUUCAUGUAAAUAGAGAGCCAAUAUGUGUGUUAAAUUGAAUUGAAGCCUGCUCACGGUGCAUUAUAGCAGUAACUAAUUUUUGAGAUUAGGAGAAAAUUACCUGAUGGUACAUGUACUCAUAAUUUCAUUUUAUUUUAAUGGUAUAAUACAGUAGAUUUAUAUUAGUUUACUUUGAAUUCUUAGGAAGUGGAUUCAAAUGGAAAAGAGCUUGAAACAGGAGACUUCUCAAAAUUUAGAUUAUCUCAAGAAACUGUUGAGCUUCUGAAAGGUUGGAUUGAUUUUUCUUCUGAUUGACAGAUUUUGUAUAUUUUCAUAGAAUAUAUCCAAAGUAAAAUAUAGGUCACAUUACACUGAUUGUGGUGCUCUAACUCUGGCAGUAGUUUGACAGUUUUUGUAGAAAAGCACAAUCCAAAAAUUUUAACAUGCUUUGUUUUCAUAAACACUUUCUUGUAACUGACAAUGCAAUUUUUAUUUUUAGCAAAGAGCAUCACUCAUCUUUUCCCGGUCCAAAGUGAAACAUUUGACUUCAUUUAUGAUGGCGAAGAUGUUAUGGCUCAAGCAAGUAAGUCUAGGAAUAUUUGUGUUAAAAUAUGAAUUCAGUAAGUGGGUCUAUUUAAAUGAAAUUAUUUAUUCACCAAUAGCAUGCUGAAAAUGUCUUAUCUUGACCAGUGUAUGAUCAUUGACAAUUUUAAAUUUCAUAAUUCAGCUGAACUUCAAUUACAGAAAUUACAAAACUGUAAACCUUUAGAAAAAAUGGGGCUUGAAUGAGUGCCUUCCAGAUAGUAAAUAUCAAACAAUUUUUUAACCCUCUAACUCCCUCCCAUGAGUGACCAAGGCAGAAUUUCUCCUCACAACAUCAUACAAUAUCAAACAUAUAAGUGAUGAGAAUAAAGAAGAAGAUCAAUUUGGGGAUGAUUAGUUGAUCCAAUACUAAAUACUCUGAACUAACAAUUACAAGAAUUGUAUGGUUGACAGUAAGGAGAAUGACAAAUUUGAUCUGGGAGUUACAAGGUUACGUAUGUUAAGCUGAGGAGUGCCCAUUGUGCUCUAACAAGCAAUUGCUGGCCAAAAAGGUUCUAGCUUCAUCUAAGGCACAAUUUUGUUUUUAAGGCUUUUUUGUAGGAGUUUGAUAAAUUUCUUUACUUUAUUUUACUUUGUUACUUAUGAGGACAAAUUUGUGACUCAUUUAAUAAAUAUAUUUUUCAUGUUAAAUAGGGACAGGCACUGGGAAGACAGUAAGUGGAAAAUUGUCUUGUUAUCAUUUAAAUAAUUGCAAGUACCAUAUGGACUGGAGCACAAAUAAAAUUACAACCAGGAUUCCAAUGACAUGUCCAUAUUUUCUAUCUUCAGAGAUAAAAUCUUGUGUGAAGAUAAAUUAAAAUAAACAUGAAACAUUAAAAUUUUGGCCUUAGCUUCGUGUUGAUGAUAUUUAUGUUCUUUAUUUCAUAGCUGUCCUUUAUACUACCUCUAAUUGAAAAACUCAAGUUAGAAAAUCGGUCUGAAUCUUAUAGACAAGCUCCAAAGGUAUGUGCAAAGGCUCUGAGAAGACAUUAAGAUUUCCCUAAGAACCUGAGUUUACUUUGUUUCUUUUAAAAUGUAGGACAAAAUUAAUGGUUACUUAAGAUUUGCAGGCAGGUAGUUUCACAGGCCUAGUAGGCCUCAUGUUUCUUUGGAGGCUCAGGCUCACCCUAGCAUAUUUUCAAAAUAUUAGCUCUUGCAAUAGCAUUCUCCUGUUUGAUGAGGUCUUUUCCAAUUUUAUGCUGCUUUGUCAGUCCAAUAGGUCAAUCAAUUUUACUUAUGUGUCCCUGACCGUGUGUUCAUUGGAGAACAGAGGAAAAGUUACAAAAGUAAAAUGCAAGAGCAUAUGAUUGGAAGUCUAGUCUAUUUCAAACAUCUAAUAAUCUGCAAAAAAUAGAAAUCAAUUAGGAGAACAUUCAAACACUUGUUGUAUGUUGUAGGUGUUGGUUUUGGCACCAACAAGGGAACUUUGUAAACAGGUAGGAAUCUUUAUUUUUGAUUCUCAAAAUACAUGUAAUUGCAAUUAUAAUAAUUGUCAUUUUAAAAAAGUUUCAUUAGCCUUUCAUUAACUUUUCCCAGCACCUAAUUUCUCUGUACCAUAUCAUCCUGAAUAAAACAUUAAGGUCAGGAGAAUAAAAGAACUGAUCAUCAACUGAAGAAGCUCUUGAUUGUUAGACAAAUUCUCCUUGUCAACACCUUUAAGUAAAUGUAUAGAGAGCAGUAUGGAGAACAUGAAUAUUGAUGUUAGGGUGUGAAGGGUUAAGUAGCUUUACUUGAAUUUGGAUCUCUUUGUGUUAGUCUGUUAUAUUUUUGAAAGCUUUGAUCAUAAAAUUCCUGAUUUACUUUUCAUUUUUCUUUAAAGUGAAGUACCUCAUUACUAUUUGUUUGUGUUAAAUUUUAUGAGUUUGGAAGAAAUAUUUUUGAGUUUUUGUAACUCACAGCUAAUCUACUGAUACUGACAAGUAAAUUGAAUUCCCUUUAUUUUAUCUUUUCAGAUCGGUGGUGAAUUUGACUAUUUCAAAUCAGGUCUAAAAGUGGGCUGCUUUUAUGGAGGAGUUCCAGUCGGCCCCCAAGGUAAGUGACAUCGCAGUUGACAUAUGUAAAUAACCUUGAUCUCAUCCUCUGUCAUUGUAGACAGCUUGUAAGAGAGAGCUUGUUGGCAUUACUAGCUCACAAUCUUUCUCUGAGCUACCAUGUUUAAGUCAGGAAUUUCCAUCUCUCUCUAACCUUUCUCAAUUAUGAAAAUCGAAGAUGGUGGCCAAACUUCUCACUAAGAAAAAAAUGAACUAAAAUGGAACUGUAAAUGUAAAUGUUCUUUGGAACAAGGGAAUAAAGAAACUGGAAUUUAAAUUUAACCUUGGUUUAGUGCUAAAUGGUCUUCGAACAACUGGGUCCAGAUAAUUAACCCUUUCGCUCCCAAGAUCUCUGAGUAAUUCUCCUUACUGUGUGCCAUACAAUUCUAAUGAUGUCAGGUUGGAGGAUUUGGUUAUGGAUGGACCAAUAAUCCCCUAAUUGACACUUUUUUUUCUUUUCCCAUUACUUGUCUGUUUGAUAUCAUAUUGAUACUGUAAGGAGAAAUUAUUUCUUGGUCACUCAUGGGAGUUAAAGGGUUAAGGUGACUCUCCAUCUCCAUUUCAGACUCUCAUCAGCCUUCCUCAGUUGUAAAAAUCAAAGAUAGUGGCCAAACUCUUCAUUUACCCUUUAACUCCCAGAUCAAAAUUUGUAAUUCUUCUUACUGUCAACCAUACAAUUCUUAUAAUUAUAAUAGUUCAGAGAAUUUAGUACUGGAUCAGUUAUCUGGUUGAUAUUGUACUGAUAUUGUAGGGAAAAAUUCUGUCUUGGUCACUCAUGGGAGUUAAAGGUCAAGAAAUACAUGUACUAUAAUCACUCACUGUAUUGUAUGCACAUAGCCACCAUGAACUAUCAGGUAAUUAGAGUGGCUCUGCAUUUACAUUACAGACGUAGUAAGAGUUUCCGGAAAGAGGAAUCUUGAUACUCUGAUUGCAAUUCAAUGAUGAUAAAAUGACCAAUUGAUAAGAAAUGAUUACAUGAACAUGUGUAUGAAUGUGACUUAUCAUCAAAAUGUCAUUGUCUUGUUUUGAUGGGCAAUGAUUGUAACUUAGGGUCACUAAUUUGCUUUUUGUUAUAUUAACUUUGGCAGCUGAUGCAAUUGAAAGAGGUCUGGAUAUUGUAGUUGGAACACCAGGAAGACUCAUGGAUCACGUGGUUAAUGGAAGUCUAAACCUCAGAGAGUUGAGGUAAUUUUGAAUUCUUCUUGUAUAUAAAAAGAAAAUUACACUUUGUUUACCCAUAAUGACUUCCCAUAAGUAUUUGAAGUGUUGUGGAGUAUGAAUCAAGUAAAUCUACAAUCGAACCUGUCUUAAGUGGUGCUGUAUUAAUCAGUUGUUUGUCAAAGUCUCGAAAUUCUCUCUCCUUUGGUACUGAAACUUUCACCUCUGGUCUUGCUCACCCUUUACUAAGUCCCAGCAGUCUGUUUGUUUUUUCCUCUACCUAUAAUGAACGGUCACUCAAAGAGAACUCCUCAAAUAAGACUAAAUAUAAUCUUUAAAGUCAAAUUUAUUCCAUGUUUACCUCUUGGGUAUCUCCCGAAAUCAGUGUUGGCACUUUGUGUUCAAAUGUCCUCAACACAUCACAGAUUGUUUUUCUUCUUAGGACUGUUAUGAUCGUUGAAUAUUUGGUUUUUUAUAAGAUUCUAACAUCAAUUUAAUAGUAGUUUAAGGCCUCAUUUAAACUUUUGUUAGUGUUAUGGUUGAGAUGAAAUGGCAUUUUUUAUCACGUUUGACCCCUAUUAUGUAAAACCUAUGGUAAGCGGUCACCUUGCUAUUCCCCGUUGGUGACUGCCUAAUAAUGGAUCGACUUUAUUGUUAAAUUGCCGCUACAUCUUGCAACCGGUGUUACGGUUUUCUUUUAAUCAUAACGUAAUCAUAAUGUUUUAUAGGUAUGUGGUCAUCGAUGAAGUUGACAGGAUGUUAGAUAUGGGAUUUUCAGACGUUGUUGAUGACAUUCUUCAAGAAUCAUACAGCUACGGUAAUUGAAAAUAGACAUUUUAAAAGUUGGAGUAUGUACAUUGACUUUGAGCAAGUCAGUUAUUUCAAAACAGUGCGUAACGGGUUGUAUAUUAUCAAUAUAACUUACGUCCUCAACAAACCAUUGACGCUGGCAACGUAGAGAAGGUUCCUUCGAUUUAUAGUCCUCAGCUGAAAAAACAACAUUUUCCAAGGAUUUGCAAAUUAAGUAAACCUGUAAGUCGUUCAAAACUGAACAAUGAUUUGGGCGAAUCUUCGCAGUAAUGAAUACCAUCGCGAUACCGGUGCAGUGCUCUACCAGCUACCAACAUAAUGACAUGCGCUGUUGGCUUGUUAGCUCAGUUGGUAGAGCAUUGCACCGGUAUCGCAGAGGUCAUGGGUUCAAAUCCUGCACAGGCCUGAAUUUUUUCAAGGCCUUGUUAUUUCACUACUGCCCAAGUAGUGAUAAUUACUGCGAAGAUCGCUUUCAUAUUCAUUACUUAAACCGCAGUUCACAUUACUUUCAUAUAUUCACAGUCAUUGAGACAGACAAACGUUCCUCUUCAAUAAUGAUAAUGUACAAGUAUGUCACGCCAUAUGCGUGCGCCGUAGCGUGUAGCUAAGCCAAUCAGAUUGAAGUAUUUGUUAUAUUUCCCUCGUAGAUUCGCGCCAACACCAGUUGUAAUAAAACUUUUAGUAUCGAUUUGUCUGGGGGUCGGACUCUCCCGUCCAGUCCGUCUAGUGCAUUUCUAAUUCAGCUAGCUUGGCGGCAGUAACAUUGAACUUCUCUUGACUCAUCUCGUGUGUGUUUCAUUUUAGGGGAGAAGCCUCAAGCAUUGUUGUAUAGUGCAACAUUACCAUCAUGGGUUCACAAUACAGCCAAGAAGUAUAUGAGUGAAGACAAGAAAGUAGUGGAUCUUAUCGGGACACAGUCACUGAAGGCAGCUGAAACUGUGCAGGUAGAUAUGUUUAUCUUAAUUUCUUAUCCUUUGUAGGUCGGAGUCACUUGUUACCUUAACACAUCGACGAAACGCAAGUUCAAUUUGCUUCCAGGACACCCAAAACAAAACAACUUCAUUCAAAUUUCCCUCGUUUUGGAUUUGUUCUCCAGUAAGGAGUGUUUUGCCUUUGCUUUGUUUGUUUGUUUUUUUUUUUUUUUUUUUUUCGUGUUUACUUCUUGUUGUUUUUUCUUUUUUAUUUCUUGUUGCUAUCAUGUGAUAACCUCUCAGGAAAGGUAUGAAUUGUUCUCGUCUACUGUAAAAGUUUGUUGCGGCUUGUAAAACUUUGUUUGCGGCCGCAGGCUCUUUGAAAUCGAACCCCCGUUUGCGACCAGUUUUCGUAAGCAAGCGCUAAAAAUUUUCAGUUCAGACAGUUUGUAUUAUUUAGUAGCAGAAGCGCAAAGAAGUUUUGUGCCAAUUUUGAGUUAUGCACACCAACUAUUUUAACAUAACUAACAUAUGGUGAUUUUCGUAGUACCGUACUGAUCAAAUUUUAUUUUAUCUAUUCUAGCACUUGGCAGUCCAGGCCAACAAGGAUAACUUGGCUUCCGUAAUAAGUGACGUUGUCCAGGUUUGUGAAUGUCAGAGAGAUUUUAAAACCCUUUACAUCCUAACAUCAAUAUUCAUUUUCACCACACUCUUCCCCAUACACUUUCUUUGGUACUGACAAGGAGAAUUUGUUUUACAAUCAAAGCUUCUUAGUUUGAUGAUCUUUUCAAUUACACUCAUGACCUUAAUGAAUGAUUCAGCAUUAUUACUGUAAGGAGAAAUUGGAUGAUGGUCACUCUUACAGCUGUAACUUGCAAGAGUUAACCAUGAUGUUUACGGCAAACGUUAGUAAAGCCCUCAAAUUAACCCUUCUUGCCUUCCGCGUUCAGCCGUUUUUGCGCCAGAAUGAAAAUAUUUGAUUGAUUGGCCGUUUUUAUGCUAGAGACGUUAAAGUUGUCUAAGACGUUAAAGUCGUCUCGUGAGACGACUUUAACGUCUCAGACAACUUAAACGUCUCUAGCAUAAAAACGGCCAUUGCUGUUUUUCUACCAGUUUAGUAUCUCCUAUAGCCAAUUGUUCUUAACUUCAGCGGGCAGACAAUGGGUUAUGAAAUAAACUUCAAAUGUUUUCAAUGGGUUAUCGGUGCAAUAAGUGAUAGGUUUUUGACCAAUCAGGGCGUUCCUAACAUCUCAGUUAUGUUACUUAUGUUCUCUGACAUUAGGACAUCGUUGUUUUUUUCCUCUUCACCACAGGUAUACUGCGGCGCCCACAGCCGAACGCUCAUUUUUACCGAAACAAGGAACGAAGCAAGCUAUUUGGGAUUGAAUUCUGUCCUGAAGCAAGUAUGUUAUAGUUUUAGGCAGGCUCACUGGUGUCAAAUUCUAAAGCUAAGGUUCUUAGGUAUAAUUUUGAUAUGAGGGGUAUAGUCCUCUAAAAUCAAUGCUUAAUUCAGAUUAACGGUUGCCCUACCGAACACAGCCGUCAAACGUCUGCGCAUCUGCGAACGGUGUAAUGACUUAGUGGUGUGCUUUCAGGUUUUUAGAACCAAGUUGUCUCAACUGCACAGCCUAGUAAGUCAGGGUGUUUUAGAAGCGUAAAACCUUUUUUGUUAAAGCUAAAAAAAACCGGUAACUCAACAGGACACGUCUUACUUGAAUAAACUUUUUGUUCGAAAAGUCUCGAGUUUUCCUUUUCCCUAUUUUUAUGUCCUUUCCAGUACAGAUUUCUAUGAAAGUUUCAAUUUUCGUUUGCUUAUUUUUCGAGACAGCAGUUGUUUUAAAUGUUUUCCUGUAAAACUUUGCGCGAAAGUUGGCGCGGCCACCCAACCUCAUGAUAGAGUACCUCCUCGUUGCUGUGUUAAAGAUCCACGUAAACAAGCAAUGAACCUCCCUUCCAUGCACCCGUCAAUCAAACUGCUCGAAAACUCAAAGGCACUAGUUAUAACGCAGUUGCACACACUACGUUAGCCUGCAUGUAUGACAAAGACUGCUGACCCGGAGAACCCGCUGCGGUCUUUGUUUUUUAAACUUUGUCAUUUCACAAAAGUUAACAGUGUUUUAUCUCUAUGGUUGUGUCUUUCCGACAGUAAUUGUGUAAAAUCUAUGAUCCUGCUAUUUUUGUUAUAUUUAGGAUGCACAAGUUCUUCACGGAGAUAUUAAUCAAGAACAGCGAGAGAUAACCUUAAGGGUAUGUGUCUCGUCGCACCUAACUGUAUUAUGAAUUUAAGGGUGUCCAGGAAAAUUUACAUUUAAAUGUUGCUUUUUGCGAUGAUGUGUUAUUUCUGUGAGGGUGAACCAAAGCAAAACAGUCCUUGAUUAGUAAGGUUUCUCAAUUAACCCUUUAACCCCCAAGAGUGACCAGCAUCUAAUUUCUCCCUAUAGUAUCACCCCUAAAUCAAACAUUAAGGUCAUGAGAAUAUUGGAAAUGAUCAACAAGUACGGGAGGUCUGGAUUGUUAACCAAAAUCUCCUUGUUAGCACCUUAGGAAGAGUAUAGAAAACAGAAUGGAGAAUAUGUGUACUGAUCUUAUGGUGUAAAGGGUUAAAAUUUCUCUAUUCAUUUUGCCUAAACCCUGAUUUUUUUUCCCAACGAACUGUUUGUUGCUAGAGUUUUCGCGAAGGAAAAGUACGGUGUCUUGUAGCCACAGAUGUUGCAGCAAGAGGUCUGGAUAUCCCUGAAGUGGACCUGGUUGUUCUAACGCAACCACCAAAGGUGAGUAUGAAAGGACAAUCUCUACAUUAUUUUCUGGCUCCUUUAGUCCAGCUUUCUAACUGCCAUUCAUUAAGCUCUCUUUAGGCAAGUCAAUUCCGUCGAAAGCGUAAUUCAGUCAUUAGCAGGUUAUAACACGCAAUUUGAAGAUAACAAACUCGUAUUUAGCCACCAAAGGUAGGACAAAUUGAAGAUAAAUAUCUAUUUGGUGGAGACAAACCUAGUUUUAAAUUUACGGCCCGCCAAAGGUACCAUUCGUGACGCACUUAGCAAUUACGAGAUACAUCGACGCACAAAAAUUACUUUUUCUUUUCGUUUUGUUUUUUUCUGCCGUCAUUUGCAUCCCGUUUUAUUUAGAAAAACCACAUUUAUGCUUUGCAUUCUCAACUAGCUUUUAUGAUUACAAAGAAGUUGCAUAUUAAUUCUUGAACUCUCAGAAUUGAUUAACAUGUAACUUCACCCUGUAAUAUCCACACAUAAUCCAGCAAACAGUUACUAAGAAUAAUUAAACUUAUCAGGUAGAAGUUGUUAUCUUGAUCUAACACUAAAUCCUUGUGACUGAUUUACAAGAAAAAGUGAAGUAGCGAGAGGGGAGAAUUUACAUUCAGAUUUUGGGAAUUAAAGGGUUAAUUUUUGUGUCACUUCAGGAUCUUGACAUGUACAUCCAUCGUUCAGGAAGAACGGGUAGGGCCGGCCGUAAUGGAGUAAGCGUUGUAAUUCACGGUCCAGGUCAGCAGGCGCAGUUGCGUGCAGUGGAGAAAAGUACUGUAAGUGCAUCAUUGAGGUUAUUGAUUAUUUAGUUUUUGGCACAUUCAAUAGCAUGUUCCUCUUUUAAGCAGCUUUGAGUCGCUUGCAGUGUGGCAUAAAGAGUUUUCAGGAUUGCUAUUUCGCAAAUUUGUGAUUUUGGAGGGUUUGCAAUGACAAGUUUUUUCCGUUGUUUUUUUUUGCGGCAUGGGGUUCAAACAGCAGAUCUAAGCAUUAAUUUUUCUUGUGUUAUCAAAUGAGUACGAGUACAAUUUGGAGUGGAUAUAAACGAGUGAAUUUUCAAGAGACUUAACAAUUUGUAAUCUUGAAAAAUUAACCUGUACUUUAUAUUUAUUUUAGAUUUCACUAGAUAUCAUUUUAUUACGCAUAAGAAAUAACGCUGUGUGUUGAUGUUUUGUAGUUCAGUCUAAAGUGUCAAUUAUUCAGAUCCUUUUAAUGUUACGUAUGUUAUUCUUAGGGAUCAGUCAAGGGGGCUGGAGGAUUUUGGGGGAUCACGUAGUUUUUAGGGGGAAACAGAGGGGAGAUCAGUCGUCGCCAACAGUGUGUAAAGGGGGACUGUGGAGAAUUAGGGGGAUCACGUGGUUUUAAGGGGAACAGAGGAAGGAUCGGUCGUAUACAGAAAAAUAAUAUAGAAAAUUGACUGCUAGUUGACUGCCAUUGAAAGGGAAGGGGGUACCAUAAGGAUGGUACAGAACCUUAUAGGGGGAUUAGGUAAAUUUGAUCGUGCUACAUCCAAAAUACUCCAACCUCCCCAUUCUCAGGCGAUGAUCAAUGACUGGUCCUUGAACCCUUUUACUCCUAAGAUCUCAUCAGCGAUUCUCCUUACUGACUUCCAUACAAUUCUUAUGACGUUAGCUCCGAGAAUUUGGAGUUGGAUCAACUGAUAAUCCCGUAAUUGAUACUUUCCUUGUUCUCAUCACUCUUUUGCGUGAUACUGUAUUGAUGUUGUAAGGAGAUGUUCGGUCUUGGUCACUAAUAGGAGUUAUAAUAAAGCUCGGAUAUAACACGUACUGUCAUUGGUUGAAAGAGCGUGCUCUAUGAUAUGGUUGAAAGCUGUCACGCCAUUUUUAACGGUUUUCACGCUUUUCAGUUUAAAAGAAAUUGCAAAGGUUUGCAAAAAGCCAGGCGUAAUUUACGGUAACGUGAGCAGAGACAAAAAAUCAAAGAUAAAACAAGAAACACACGGUUUUCACGCUCAGUUAACGAGUUUACGUACGGUAAUAAAAAUCAAACACAGCUAACACUUGUUUAGUAUAUAGAGUUUCGAUUUCAACUAGAAAAAAACAGGAAUUGUGAAAAAUAUAACCUGGCAUAACUGUUAAAAUUCAUACUAAUCAUGACGGUGUCAAAGACUUAAGGUCUAUCGCGGCUAGCUAAUCAUGGCGAUCUUCGGUCAUCGCAGUGGAGCAAGCCUCAGGAACUAAAUCGACUACCCUUCGAGUGAAAAAAUAAGAGCUUGUCCUGAUUACCUUUCCGAUGCGUUGAGUGGAAGGCCAGAUCAGUCACUGCAACCGAGUUUUACGGCGCUGUCAUUCCGAGCGAUCUUUUUGUCUUGGUGAAUUCGGCUGUUGUUCAUUCAUAAUACACUCGCCUUGAACAGUUUGUUUUCUACUUGUAAUGUGAAAUAACUUGCGUAUUUUUGUGAGCCACGAUUGGGCCGAAUUUCACUGAACAUUUCACUUUCAGAUCCUGUAUUAGAAACUAAAAAACUUCAGGCAAAAGUGUUAAAUCCGACAUGCCGAGCUAUUUUAGUUUGUAAACUAUUGCAGAAUAUGAACUUUGAUGGUUUAUGAACUUUGAUGGUUUGACAUUUUUGACAGCUUUAGUCUUGUACAGCCAAUCAGAUUAUUUGGGAGGAAUUAUUUAACAGGAAUUCUGAUUGGCUUAUUGUAGCGUGCUUUAUGAGAGUAUAGAGCAUGCUGACGACACUGUUUUUCGCUUUGGAAAUAAGAUUUGUUUUGAAAAUUGAAAGUAAUUCUUGGGGAAUUUAACGGAUUCUUUAUUAUAAAACAAAUAGAGAAGCCUUGACUGUGCUCUGUUCUGUUGUAACGCACUUAGGAAGCGGCUAGAGCACUCAAGAAGUAGGGAGAAACACUCGACUACGUCUCGUGUUUCCCCCUACACUUCUUUCGUGCUCUAGCCGCUUCCUGCGUGCUUUACAACAGAACAGAGCACAGUCAAGGCUUCUCUAUUUGUUAAUUAAGGGGUUAAUACACGCUGUAUGGAUAUUAUUGUUUGUCACGGGGAUUGAUUAAUCACGUAUUUGGUUCAAACUUUUUUACCUUCAUGUUUUGUAUAGUCAUUUAUUUAUUGAUACAUUGACAAGUUAAUCUAUUUAUUGCAGGGAAUCAAAUUUAAGCGCAUUACACCUCCAUCAGCAGACGAUAUCAUUAAGGCUUCUGCUUCAGAUGCAGAAAGGUAAGAACAUACUUUUUUGAAUCCUAAAGACACCCCUUAAGAUACAUAAAGGGUAAGAUUUCCGUCAGCAGUUGCCCCGGUUUCCAUAGCAUGAGGGGAAAAAGAGUAUCACUCUGGGUAUAGCUGUUUUUUUCUUGGACGGGUUCUACUCCAAAGCACAUAACCUUUCCACCCACCCGUCCCCCUCCACCUUUUGUCUCCCCAUAAUUCCUCAGGUCUUUUUACUUCUGGCCCUGAUUGUUUGAUGGCUGAAUAUGUACUGUGUAUCCGGUCUGUGCUCGAACUCGUUUGCAUCGAUGUGGUUUGUCUACCCUUCAGGCCUCGGUCUCUUUUCAUGCUACAUUUAUCUGGCCGAGAGAAGUACUUUUUAUACGUUUGAUGUGAUCAUCAUUCUCUUCGCCAGGUUUAUAGAGGAAAUUUCUCCUGAUGUGGUGGAGAAGUUCCGAGAUUUUGCUCAAGCGCUUGUGGAAAAACUUGGAGCUGUUGAAGCAUUAGCAGCUGCACUGGCGCACAUCUCCAACACGAAAGAGAUCAAAUCGCGUUCUCUCAUAACAGGCGAAGAGGUGUGUUUUGUGCAGUAAAGUUAUUAAGCCGGUAGUGAGAGUUGAUUUGUCCUACAAGGACUAUUUCCACCCCGUUAAGGCCGACAUUGACUGGCGAUUCAACAAUAUGUGGGAAGGCAUUAUCCCAGAUGGCGCUGAAUGUGAUGAUGACUUCUGCACGGGUUGAAGAAACGCCAGUCAAGAUGGAGGUUCUCUUCAGGACUAGCCACCCUCAAACCAUCACAUUACAUUGCAGCUUUGUAGAGCCUCAAGUUAUUUCACUUGAAUUGAAGAGUCCUCCAAGAUUGGUCGUGAAAACUCGCGCCACCUUACGAUACAAGUCUGGUAAUAUCCAGUCACGUGACACAUUUAGACCAAUCGCGCGCAAUCACUGAAAAGUUUGUGAUGGAUUUUAGUCAAAGUAUUGAUGUUAAAUUGUUCAGAAAAUAAUUAGGCUUCAGAGCCUUCUUAACUCCCAAAACUCUGAUUGAUAAUUCUCUCCUAGAGCGCUCAUUAAUCAAGAUAACACUAUUUAGCCGAAAAGUUAUUUUAAGCUAUUCGUGUCACCCAUUUAGUGUAGUGAGAUCGUGAGGAGAGUGACAGAAGUUUCAUAUAACUCAAUCCUGGUCGUUGCUUUUUUUCUUUUUCGAUUUGUUUUCGUUUCGUGUCCCAGGGUUUCAUCACUUACUUAUUGAAAUCUCGUUUGGAGAUGUCUGGAACAGGCUUCAUAUGGAAGGCACUGGAAACGUUCCCAGAGAUAAAAAGACAUGCGCGCAACAUGAGACUCUGUCAGGACAGUAUGGUAAGGAGUAUUUGAUUUGUGUUACAUCACUUGUCAGGGCGUGAAAUUAAAUUUUUUUUUCUGAUAGCCACUUGGCUCCUAAAUUCUUUGGUCGUUGGUCGCCAUUUUCAAAGACAAACAAAACCUUUUUUUACGCUGUCAGAGUUCUAGAUUGACCCUCAAAAAUUAAGUUAGAGAAAAGAUCUUUAAGGAGCUACGAAGUGGACACUAGGAUGGUUGAUAUACAACUUUUAAGCUCAACUAAAUCCAAGAUGGCGUCUAGUUAUCGAUAGGGAUGCAUGUGCUGCGUUUUGGAAACAAACUUAACGACGAAGUUUAAUUCACUAUAUCUCUUGGAAAGGUUAUGAUAAAACAUUCUAGUCGCCAAUUUGGCGACUAAUUUUCAGGAUUUGGUCGCCAAAGUGAAAAAUUUAGUCGCAUUGGAGCCUGUAUUAGGCGCAAUUUCACGCCCUGCUUGUCGUAUCUCUCAAUAAUCACGUGCGCUGUGAUUGUUUAUUUUAGCCGAUGUACUCUACAUGCUUAUUAAACCCGUUACGACCCAGCAUCAGUUUACAUAUUCUUCAUACUAUUCUCGAUACAUUUCGCAAAGUGCUGACAGGGAGAAUUUGUUGAACAAUCAAGAGCUUCUUUGUUUGCUGAUCAGUUCCUUUAUUCUCCUACCUUGAUCUUUGAUUCAUUAGUGAUAUUGUAAUGAGAAGUUAGAUGCUAGUCACUCUCAGGGGUCCAAAGGUUGAUAAACCUUAUUUGAGCUAAAUACCAAUUGUCCAGCACAGAUCGCGUUAAAUCCUCGGGAGGUCUUAUUCCUUCUCUUAAAUUUGAAGGCUGAAUCCAGGCGUGAAUUUGAGUAAUGUGUUUAGAUUGUAAUCCCUAGAGUACCGUUAAAUGGUCUCCCACGAAACAGUAAGAUAACAAGGCGAGUAAGGUCUAUUUUCGCUCGAUCUCGUUGAAUGAACCGCUCCAUGUGAUAAAAUUUGUUGGACCCCAGUCUGACUUGAUGUUUUUCCGAAAAUAUAGUUACACAGAAGAAUUUUUAUACCCGCUCCAAUUCCAUAGUUAUCGAAGCGGUAGAAAUAACUCAGGGAUAAAAAACAUUUUCAGAAUUGGUUUUGCUUUCUCUGCCUGGAAAUUGUAUUUCUAUUUUAUCUUUAGAAGCCUCGCUGAAUAUAAGGACGAUGACGGGGUUUUUUUUAACAAAUUCAUCUCUUCUGCAUAAUACCCUUAACUGACAUACUCUCCUCUGUAUUUUAUAAUUGCUAUCUGAGCUUUGCGGUUACUCUCGAAUCAUACGAAGCUAGUUAAUACAAAGUACGUGGCGCAUUAUUGCUUUAUUGUGUUUUUUUUCGUGGGGGGGGGGGUGAUAUCGACAUUUUGUAAUUCUUUUUUUCCACGAAUUUCACUGAAGUAUUGUAUUUGCCGUGUACUCGACAGGGUGUUGUAAUGGAUGUGCCUGAUCAUCUCGAAGAUUUAAUGGGGGUAAGUUGGGAAUAAUUGAUCGUGCCUCAUCACUCAAAGGCUGGUUUUCUCAAGCGAAGGAAUCAGAGUCAAAUCCGUUUUCCGACGCACAGAGCUACGAUUACGGUGUAAUGAAAAUCACACCAACAGAAUGGGAAGCAGAAUAUCCAUACUGCUAGUGACUUCGUCGCUUGUGAUCUUGAGAAUGUUAUGUAAGAAGCUGAACUACGCACGCAUUUGGAUUGAUUCGCACUUAUGAUCGAAUGGAGGACAGACGCAAAGAUGGCGUCACCAUUGACAACUGUUCCGUGUUUUUAUCAUAUCAACAAACAGAUUCUGUGUUGUUUUGGGUCUGUACAGUAAUAGAUCACAGAAGACGUGAAAAUGCGGCUGCGCUUCGUGUGCCUCGUUUUGACGUUAUCUGUGAUCUCUUGGCAAACAGACGCACAACAAUAUAGAAUCUCUUUUUUGCCGUAUUUACUAUCAAGAUCGAGACGCUUUUUUUUUUUAAAUGAAAUUCAAUCAAAAGGAAAUAUUGGGAAACGAAAUAGAAUAAACUGAUUUAUCUUUCGUUUUGGAAAAAUCUCCAGAAACCUUUCCUUGAAAUCUUGUACACAAGAUGAGAAAUUUGAAGUUUUCCCUUUUUUAAUCUAUGACGCGUGAAAUGCAGUUUUAAGUAUUUGUGAAGCGUGAAUUUUUCUGAACUUUGUGCGUGAAACAGGAUCCCCCUUUGCAACCCUCUUACCUUAUUUAUAUGAGAUAAUUUCUUUUUUUACGCUUAGGUUGAAAAUCUUCUUAAGGAAAGGAGAAUUUCUGGUGUAGAGAAAAUAUCUGAACUGCCAGAGUUGAGGCAAAGACCGCAACGCAGUGACACGAGAGAUACGAGGUCGAUUCGCAGUUACGGUGAAAUGGAUCGAAGAUUUGGUGCAAAGACAGGCGGUUUUCGUGAAAGACGUGAAAGUUAUGGUGGACGACAGUCUUUUCGAAGAUCUUCUGAAUUUGGAAGAACGUCAGAAGUUCUGAAAAGGUGGCAGUAACGACUCAAACGAACUGUGGCUGUGAAAUUUUGGGGAGGACAGUCAGGUUUCAUUCACGCAGGGCGUUAAAUUUCAGCUGGUUCCUCCAAACGAGGUUUUAGCUUUAAAGCAUAUUAUUUGAUCGAAUUUUUCUGUGAAUAAUUUCUUUCUGAAAUGUAUCUUGUGUUCAGUGAUCAUUUCAAUCAGAUUCCUUUCAUGAAUAUUUCUUGGCUUCGUAUUGAAAGGAAUCAAGACAUUGUUGAAGGUUCAGUCCAUAUUGCAAACGCUGUUUCUAAAGUUACUAUAAGCUUUUUACUAAAAAAUUAUUUUACCUUACGUAAAUUAGUAUUUAAAUAACUUACUGAAAGGUGUAUGUUAUUAUUGAAAAAAAGAACUGCAAGCAUAUUAGUUUAAUUUCGCUAUUAACUUGAGCGCGACUUUCCCCACUCUGCUAGAAGCUCACCAAUAAAUUUUCUGCCGCUCAAUUCGCAGAUAAUGUGGUAGUUGGUGGUUUAUCCGGGUGACCUUAGGUAAAGUUAACGCAUUUACAAAACCUGGUGAUGAGAAAGUUCAAUCUUGAGCCCAAACAUGGAAAGGAAAACGAAACGUUCAGUGCCGCCUAGUUUUAAGGUUUAUUUCAAGUAAAACACGCAAGUACACUUCGGUUAUGAACAACAAGGAUCGAUGUCAGUAUCUGAGCAACUGUACACCUAGCCCCCCCUAACUCAACAUCAACCCUAACUUGUUGUCAGUUGACUGCUGUUGGGUUAGGGGAGGGGUAGGUGUGCAUUUUCCUAGAUAAUGACGUAGAUCAGAUAGCAACUUAAGUUCUUAGCUGUGUAAUAAGAGCGGUAGGACUUUGAAUUUUGGUGCUUAAAAGGGAGGCUUUGCCAUCCCACUGUUGACAAUGUUUGGAAAAAUUUAAGCUACCUAGAGAGAUCAGAUAUUGAAAUUUUUCUUCUGUGUAUUUACUCAACAGGUUUUCUCUCCCAUUUUCCCAAGAGUAUAUUGAGGGCGCCAUUUGUACAAAACUGUGCAUCUACACUCCACUAAGGCAUCUCCCCACCAAAUCCUUUUAACUAAAAACUUGUCAUAUUCUCCUAACCUGUCUUCACGACAGUGUACUGUUUCUUUAAGUAAUAGACUGCACUCUAAUCGGUUCACUGGCAUAGUAAACCACUUGGUAUGUUGGGUGUUCCACAUUGAGUGAGCUUCCAACAUCCCUUGAGGGUUAUUACAUGGUAAACCAAUAGGGGGUGCAGUCUAUUGCUUUUAUAAAAUAAACUUCAAUAUUCCAUGGCUUUAUCAGAGCCAUAAAUAAUACGUCUGUGGCCAAUCAGUGUGCUUUUACUCUCAGUUACUUCAUAAUUAUAAAUAUUGUCUAG